AUGAGGAGGUCCCUGAUUACGCUAUUCUCUCGCAUACCUGGGGGGGAAAAGAGGUCAGCUAUCACGACAUUCAAUCCCAAACUAACAUCUACCACAGUUCACCUGCUGCGUCUAGUCAAUCGGAACCCAACAACACUUCAUCCCCACGACCACCCAUUUGGAAUUUCGAAGAGCCUGAAUUCAGGAAGUGUCGGUGGUUUACAAGAGGAUGGACCCUUCAGGAGCUUGUUGCUCCCAAAAAGCUUUUUUUUUAUUCUCGCGACUGGAACCUUCUUGGCUCUAAAGAUUCAUUGA